AUGACGCAGUCACACGAGAUGGAGCGCGUGGCUACCGCCGACAACAAGCCUUCGACUGUUCACGAGGCCGAUAACAAUGCAGCUCAGAAUGUCGACAACAAAGAACGAGCCAUGUCUCGUGAAGAACAAGAGCUGGGCUUCCAACCUCAUCCUUCCAAGAUUGUUCGCUUCUACUCUCAUCCCUGGACGCAGAUUCUGCUCAUCUCCUUCAUCUGCUUCUGUCUUCCUGGAAUGUACAAUGCCCUCACUGGGCUCGGCGGUUCAGGACAAGUUGACUCAACAGUCGCCGCCAAUGCCACAGUUGCCCUUCUCUCUGCCACAGCAGCAACUGCUCUCACCAUUGCCGGUCCCAUCUUCUCUCUUCUCGGACCCCGUAUCAGCUUUCUCAUCGCCGGCUGGACAUAUGCUUUGUACAGCGGCUCCCUCCUCAGCUUCAACCACAGCAAGAAUGGCGGCUUCGUCAUCGGUGCCGGCGCCGUGCUCGGUGUUGGCGCAUCCUUCAUCUGGAUCGUCCAAGGCGCCAUCAUGACCACCUACGUCGAAGAGUCGCAAAAGGGCCGCGCCAUCGCCGUCUUCUGGAUCGUCUUCAAUCUCGGCGGUGGAAUCGGCUCCCUCGCCUCCUUCGGUCUCAACUACAACUCCAAGUCUGGCACUGUCUCCGAUUCCACCUACAUCGCCCUCAUGGUCAUCAUGCUGUUCGGCUGGCUCCUCGGCGUCUUCAUCUGCUCGCCGUCCCGAAUCCGCCUCGCCCAGCUACACAAGGCCGUCGAGGUCGAGAAGCACACCCUCAAGGGAUCAUUCAUGACCGCCGUCAAGACCAUUGCGAAAUGGCGCGUUCUCUGCAUGCUGCCGCUCUUCUUUUCCGCAAACGUCUUCUACAGCUACCAGCAGAACCAGGUCAACGGCGAGACCUUCAACAUCCGCACUCGAUCCCUCAACGGCGCCUUGUACUGGAUCGCCCAGAUGCUCGGCGGCCUGUUGAUUGGUCUUAUUCUCGAUCUUCCCUGGUUCGAUCGUACCACGCGCGCCAAGCUCGGCUGGGCUACCGUCUUUGUAACAGGCAUGGUUAUCUGGGGAGGAGGCUAUCAAUUCCAGAAGUGGCAGGAUGCUCGCCGGGCUUCUGGCCACCACCAGGAUGUGGACUACAAGGACGGAAGCAUUUCUACUGGUCCUAUUUUCCUGUACAUCUUUUACGGAGCAUACGACGCUUUGUGGCAGGGCUUCGCCUACUGGCUCAUUGGAACCGAGUCCAACAGUUCUGCUCGUGCUGCCGUUCUCGUUGGAGCGUACAAGUCUCUGCAGGCGGCUGGUGGCGCCAUGGCCUGGCGUAUUAAUGCUCAAAAGGUUGCGCCCAUGAGCCAGUUUGGAAUGAACUGGGGUAUGUGUAUUGGCUCGUUGGUUAUUGUGUUACCGACUGUGUGGACGGUUUCAAAGACUACCACGACUGAUGAUGAGGCGAAUGUUACGUCGGGCGGGCAGCAGCAGCAGACUAGCAAAUUGGUCACGGAGGAAUAA